CGGGCCGUUGAUGCAGCAUCGCCAGGCUCAGGCUGAGUUCAGGAGUUUGUGAAAUGCAUCAUGGCAGCUGCAUCAUGUCUGGAUCCGGACCUGGUGCGAGAGGUGCUGGAGUGCCCCAUCUGCCUUGAAACCUACAAUCAAGACCAGCUCCGUCCCAAACUGCUCCAGUGUGGCCACUCCGUGUGCCGGCAGUGCCUGGAGAAGCUCCUGGCGAGCACCAUUAACGGCGUGCGAUGCCCGUUUUGCAGUAAAGUGUCCCGCAUGAGCAGCAUCUCCCAACUGGCUGACAAUCUCACGGUGCUGAAGAUUAUCGACUGCGCCAGCUCGUGCGUAUCGACGGCCGGCCUCAUGUGCAAGUCGUGCAAGAACCGGCUGCCGCGCCAGUACUGCUGCGACUGCUCCGUUGUGCUCUGUGAUGCCUGCAAGGUCGAAGGUCACCAGCAUCACGGGCACACCGUGCUGAGCAUACGCGCUGCCGCCGAGCAGUGCCGGAAAGACCUCGGUGGAAGGCUGGCGACUCUCAGAGAUACCAUGACCAAUAUUCAGAAGAAGAAGACGGCUAUCGAUAGUGUUUCGAAAUCGCUGCGUCUGAAGUACAAAGCGGUGCAGCAGGAGUAUGCCAGGGCCGAGCUGCAGCUUCAGGAAGAGCUCGGGCGAUCGCGUCGUGCCUUCGCAGCAUCCCUGGCUGAGGUAGAGAAGCUCAAUUCUCAGAUUCUUGAAGAGCAAACGUAUCUCCUGAACAUCGCAGAGGUCCAGGUUGUGUCUAGGUGUGACUACUUGACCAUGAGGAUUAAGCAAACAGACACCGCUCUUCUAGAAGAGGCGGGCGGGAACGACGAAGAAGAGCUGGAUGUAAAAAGCAAUCUUCCCAUACUUCUAAAGUUGCAAGAACCCGAGCUGAUCAAAACGGAGAAUCCGCAGUCGUUAGAUAUGGCUCAGCUGACGACCAAGCCAUGUACCGUUAACACGGAUGAAGAAGAUGGUCAGGUGUUAGCUGCUGCUGCCGCCGCCGCUGUGGCCGUCUCCGCCACCACCGCCCCUGUAGAUUCGUAUCAUGACGUCGAUAUGACAAGCACCGUCGAGGAAGCAGUUUGCGCCUCGCCUGGUAGCUUCAAAUCCAAAUCUGUGGACGGGGGUGGACCUGGGACUGGAUCAGCAACCACGGGUCAGUUAUGUCAGUUUGUAAAGAAGAUGGGGUGCAAAGGAAACCUCCCGGGCAUGUUUAACUUGCCAGUGAGCAUCUGUGUAACUCCUCAGGGGGACGUUCUGGUGGCGGACCGGGGCAACUAUCGAAUUCAGAUCUUCAACCGCAAAGGUUUUCAGCGCGAGAUCCGGCGCAACCCGAGCAGCAUUGACAACUUCGUCUUGAGCUUCCUAGGUGCUGACCUUCCUAAUCUCAUCCCUUUGUCCAUCGCCAUCACCCCUCAGGGACUCAUCGGAGUCACGGAUAACUAUGAUAACUCUGUCAAGGUUUACACAACAGACGGGCAUUGCAUCGCAUGCCACAAAAACCAGCUGAUCAAGCCAUGGGGGAUCGCCGCCAUGCCUUCUGGUCAGUUUGUUGUGUCAGAUGUCGAAGGAGGAAAGCUGUGGUGUCUGGCGGUCGAUCGAAACGUCGGGGUCGUGAACUACAACAGGUUGUGCUCAGCCGUCAGGCCUAAGUUUGUGACUUGCGACUCUUCAGGGACGGUCUAUUUCACACAAGGAUUAGGUUUGAACAUCGAGAACAGGCACAACGAGCACCACCUGGAAGGAGGGUUCUCCAUCGGGUCCGUCGGGACGGACGGCCAGCUCGGGAAACAGCUCAGCCACUUCUUCUCCGAAACCGAGGAUUUCCGCUGCAUCACAGGAAUGUGCGUGGACGCCAACGGGGACCUGCUGGUGACGGAUAGCGGAAGAAAGGAAAUCUUGCAGUUCCCCAAAGAAGGCGGUUAUAACAUUCUGAUUCAGGAUGGACUGACAUGUCCCGUCGGAGUGGCCGUUACACACAAAGGACAGCUUCUGGUGUUAGAUUGCUGGGACCACUGUGUCAAGGUGUAUACUUAUUUACAGCGGCGACGCUCGUCGACUUGUUAAGACUGCACAGCUUUAUUUGACUCUUUAGUCACUUUAACUUGAUGGCUGCAUAAUCUCUGAACUUUUGUCUGUAGGGUUGAAAGAUGGGCAGACAUUUGAUUAAACGGCCUUUCACCGAUGCCAGUGAGAGAUCGGAAAAACUGUGUUAUAUUCGGCACAUCUGAUGGCAAUAAAUUGACCGAUGUUGCGAUUGUUUGUAAAAUCAACGAUACGAACACACGUUUUGACAUACUGCGUUGUGUUGGCAUCAAAAAGAAGGACUGUCAGGUUCAGGUCAAGAGCUAAGCAAAACGGAAAUCUAUUUAUCUGGAUGCAUAACGUGAAUGUGUUUAUUUAUCAAUUAAUGAUUCCUGUUUGUGUCUUUUUCCAUCAACUGAUAACUCUUCAAUGUCAAAGUGCCCUCUAGUAUCACAGAAUAUAGGCAUAGUUUCAUCAUCCAGCAUAAAAAAAACAAACAAAAAAAAUCUCUCUCUAUAUAUAUCGGAAUACAGUGUAACCACGUACGUGAAUCUUGGUAUAAAAACAAUAACAGUGACACAAUUAACGACUUCAUCAGUGUAGAUGUUUUUAAACCUGUGUAUGAAGUUGUUGUAGUUACCAAAGGACUUUUUAAGAUCAGGAUUUCUGUAGGCAUGUGAUCGCUGCAAGAGCUUGUCGAGUCAAUGCAGGAAUUUGGACCUGCCAUCCUCUGGGGAAUUGUGAGUAGAAAUUCUGCGACUUAACAUCGGCGCAUGACAGACCAUGUUAUUACUAAAUAAAAAGAAUAAAUAAAUCGAUAAAUACCAAAAAAAGUAGUUUUAUUAUUUAUUUUUUUUUACCUCUAAAACUGAAUGAGCCACUCGACAUAUGAAUCUGGAGCCCUGCCCCUUUUCCUAUUUCAUGUUAGCCAUUGUUGCUCUCGACUUGUGACAUGGAGCCUCCGUACAAUUUUAUGGCAUUUCAAGUUAAUUAACGCGAGAUAAAAUUGAUCACAAUAUACAUUCAAAAUAGCUAAUUAGACAAGUUAACAUUUGUAACGUAAAACAUAAAACUACAUUUUUACCCUGCUGGGAAUAACUGGUCAAAAUGUAAAAUUAGG